AUGAACGAUGAGUCAGCAGAUUCGUAUCGGUGGGUUUUAUAUCAGACAAAACAGGCCACUGGAGGCUAUAUACCUGCUGUUAUUAUAACCGAUGCUAAUCCGGCUUUGGAUCUUGCAAUCUCCGAGGACCUACUCGAACUUGCUGAAGCCUUGGAAGCAAGUAUAGAAGAGGAGAUUAAAAAAGCAAAGUAUGCUUAUUGGAAUACACAAAUUCCAUUGACAUCGUCUGCCGCUACAUUACCGCAAAUAUUAUUUCCUGAACUUGAUAAAGCUUUGAAUGAAAUAAUUAAAUAUCAAGAGGAAGAGCCUUAUUAUGUUGCCACACGUUUUAGUAAGAACUUUUCUCAAGAUCAACCUACAGAAUUCACAAGAUCUAACAUAAAUAGAUUGUUUAUACCGGCUGAUCUCUGGGACAAAAGAAAGGAAAACAUUAAUGAACGAAAGCUAUAUGAAGAAUUAUGGGAAGUUGCACAAAAUAUCACGCAAAAGACAGUUCAACUUCAUAGACAAGAUGUUCUUGAAAAGCUACAAAAUUUAUUAACUAAAAUACAGGAUAAAGAGUUAGUAAACAGCCUAGCCAAUGAUGAUAAUGAGGAGAUAUAUAGUAAUAGCUUAGACGAUAAUGAAGAAUAUGAAGAAACUAAUUCAUUAUCUGAUAUAUCUCUUCAAAACCCAAAAAAAUAUAAGACGAAAGGACAACCAAAAAGUUCUAAACGAAUCAAGUGA